AUGAACAAGCGUGUACACAUCGGAAAUUUCCCUCCCAACAACACCUCCCAGUAUUUCCAGGAACUGGCAGAGCAACAAUUUCUGCACCUAAAAUACCAACACAACAAUGCCAUCACCGAUGAGGAUGACUGUCGGAGGAGAUAUGUGGCACGCUGUCGUUUCCAAAAAAUAGCACAGCAGGUUAUAGUGCAACAUGGCCAAUACCACCUCUACUACGACGAUCUACGCCCGUCGAACAUCCUUGUUAUGGAGUCUGAUUUGACGGUUAACGGUGUCAUCGACUGGGAAUAUACAUAUGUCGCCCCCGCUGAAUUUACGUACAGCGCUCCAUGGUGGCUCCUAUUUGAAAGCCCAGAGGCUUGGGACUUGAACAAUUUUAUGGACCGAUACCGCCCACACCUCCAACUAUUCCUUGGGGUGCUCCACGUCCAUGAAAAUGAACAGAUUUGCCAAGGCAGUCUAAAGGAAUCACAGCAUCUAUCAGACAGGAUGGCGCUCUCUAUCGAAAAUGGGCUCUUUUGGUUUUGUCUUGCAGCCAUGAAAAGCUUCAUGUUCAAUGAGAUAUAUUGGACAUUCCUCGACAAACGGUAA